AUUCUUUAAGUUCAUCGUCAAUGUUCAAAAUAUUUCUGGAUAAUAAAUUAAUAGAUACGGGACGAGCGAAACGGACACAUUUUAUAGAAAUGCCUAUGGAACGAAGUUUCCUCGAACCUUUUAAAGAAUGGGAAUUUGUUAUAGCAUUGUUGAAGGAUCACAACGCUUAUGUCAACAGGUUGUCAGAAUCAGCAACUGUUUCGCCAAUAUCACGUGUGGCGCUUGCUCGAAAAAUUCAAUAUGUAGGAAUUUUCUUUGGUGAGGACGCAAUUAGAACAUUGCGGCAUAACUAUCCACCACCUAAGAAUAAAAGCACAGGACGUGAAUGGAAUUUUGAAGGAUCAUACAUUUUUCUUGCA